AUGAACCUCCUCGCGCUGCCCUUGGAGCGCGACCAGAUCUUCUCCAUCAAGCGGCGGUUUCCGGGGUUCUCCGGGAAGGUGCCGGAAGAGGCGGCGUUUUGGUCCGAGGCAGAUCUGGAAGCCUACUUCGGCAGUAACGGCUACGUGGCCCUUGCUCUGGCAGCAUUUCUCACGGAAUGCAUGGGCGAAGAUGGCCCACCCUCCAAUCUGUUUGUGGUUGGAGGAUUCCCGAAGUGCAGCAGCUCGCAUAUUUUUCGCCUUCUCCAGUCUCACCCAAAUACAGUGACUUUCGGAAAGCAGGUGGGCUCUCUACCUGGAGCAGAGAUUGAAUUUGAGAAGGCUGCUUUCGCGAUCGCGAGGACCCUGCAGAUCCCCGGCAAGCCCGUCACAUCUGCUUGUACAAACAUGCCUCUCAGAGCACUGAAGGAAUGCAAGCGGCUCGUCGGCUACAUCAGGGGUAGGUACGACAAUUCGACCGCCGCGGUGCUCAUCAUCACGGACAUCUUUUUCCUGGAGAAGAAGGCGAUGGCUCGUCGCUGGAUAGGUAAAGUCAAGCUGCUAUUUGUGGUCCGCGAACCAGCGGAUUACUUGUGGGCCGCCUACAACUUUUGGAUUCUGCCUGGGGAGCCGAAAGGCCUGCAGGACGACUGGACGGACACGACGAAACACACUCGGAGCCCGGAGCUGUUCCACGAGCUGGUUUUAGCCGAUGGCAAGAAUCCCGCGUGGCAGCCGCGCUCCGGCAAAGUGACGGGACUGUGGUUCAACCUCAUCCAAGACGUGAAGAACGCGUCUGCAAAAACUCUCGUUCUCAAGUCCGAGGAUUUCACUGACCACGUGAACGCGACCUUGGACACAAUGGCUUCCUUCCUGGGUGUCAGCGCUUCUGGCUUUCCCAUCGAGGUGGCCUUGGGACGCACCAACUCCCAAUCGAGCACGGAGCGUCGAGGGGUGGACACUGUCCAAAAAGAUCCAGUAAAAAUCGGAGUGUACGAGAUCUCGGGCAGAAGGCCAAUGCUGUGUGCCACAAGGCGCGUGAUCUACUCCAAGACGCAAGACGUCUGCCAAGUUCUGAGCACCGCUUUUGAGGUUCGCUACGAUGCAUGCCUCCGCGGCGGAGCUGGCGAGUGCACGGACGCAAAUAUGCACUCUCCUGCCCCCGAGCCCACGAGAGCUUGGACCAGCCGGGCCGCGAAUACCAUGGCACCGCCACUCAGCAUCUCUUCAGCUACCAUGGAAGAAGCGCCCUCCAACCUGAUUGUGGUCGGAGGAUUCGCGAAGUGCAGCAGCUCGCAUAUUUUUCGCCUUCUCCAGUCUCACCCAAAUACAGUGACUUUCGGAAAGCAGGUGGGCUCUCUACCUGGAGCAGAGAUUGAAUUUGAGAAGGCGGCUUUCGCGAUCGCGAGGACCCUGCAGAUCCCCGGUAAGCCCGUCACAUCUGCUUGCACAGGCAUGCCUUUCAAGGGGCUGAAAGAGUGCAAUCGGCUUGUUGGCUGGAUCAGAGGUAGGUACGACUACUCGACUCCAGCGGUGCUCAUCAUCACGGACAUCUUCUUCCUGGAGAAGAAGGAGCUGGCUCGUCGCUGGGCUGGCAAGGUGAAGCUGCUCUUUGUGGUGCGCGAGCCCGCGGAUUACUUGUGGGCCGCCUACAACUUUUGGAUUCUGCCUGGGGAGCCAAAAGGCUUGCAGAACGACUGGACCGACAUGACGACACACACGCGAAGCCCUGAGCUUUUCCACGAGCUGGUGGUAGCCGAUGGCAAGAUGCCCACCUGGCAGCCGCGCUCAGACAAAGUGACCGGACUGUGGUUCAACCUCAUCCAAGACGUGAAGAACGCGUCAGCGACCAUUCUCGUUCUCAAGUCCGAGGAUUUCGCUGACCGUGUGAAUGCGACUCUGGAGAUUAUGGCUUCUUUCCUCGGUGUGAGAGCUUCUGGCUUUCCCCUCGACGUAGCUUUGGGACGUACCAACUCCCAAGCGAGCAUGGAGCGUCGAGGUGUCAACAUCAUCCAAGAAGAACCAGUGGCGACUGGCGUGUACGAGAUCUCGGGCAGCAGGCCAAUGCUGUGUGCCACAAGGCGCGUGAUCUACUCCAAGACGCAAGACGUCUGCCAAGUUCUGAGCACCGCUUUUGAGGUUCGCUACGAUGCAUGCCUCCGCGGCGGAGCUGGCGAAUGCACGGACGCAAAUGUGCACUCUCCUGCCCCCGGAGCUUGGACCAGCCGGGCCGCGAAUACCAUGGCACCGCCACUCAGCAUCUCUGCAGCUUCCAUGGAAGAAGCGCCCUCCAACCUGAUUGUGGUCGGAGGAUUCGCGAAGUGCAGCAGCUCGCAUAUUUUUCGCCUUCUCCAGUCUCACCCAAAUACAGUGACUUUCGGAAAGCAGGUGGGCUCUCUACCUGGAGCAGAGAUUGAAUUUGAGAAGGCGGCUUUCGCGAUCGCGAGGACCCUGCAGAUCCCCGGCAAGCCGAUCAUAUCGGCUUGCACAGGACUGCCGCUGAGGACACUGAAAGAAUGCACCCGGCUAGCCAGCUAUGUCAGGGGUAGCUACGACAAUUCGACUGCAGCAGUCCUUGUCAUCACAGACAUCUUCUUCCUGGAAAAGAAGGCUUUGGCACAUCGCUGGGCUGGCAAGGUGAAGCUGCUCUUUGUGGUGCGCGAGCCUGCGGAUUACUUGUGGGCCGCCUACAACUUUUGGAUUCUGCCUGGGGAGCCAAAAGGCUUUCAGGACGACUGGACGGACACGACGAAACACACUCGGAGCCCAGAGCUUUUCCACGAGCUGGUGGCAGCCGAUGGCAAGAAUCCCGCCUGGCAGCCGCGGUCAGGCAAAGUGACGGGACUGUGGUUCAACCUCAUCCAAGACGUGAAGAACGCGUCAGCGACCAUUCUCGUUCUCAAGUCCGAGGAUUUCACUGACCAUGUGAGUGCAACAUUGGACACAAUGGCUUCCUUCCUCGGUGUGAGCGCUUCUGGCUUUCCCCUCGACGUGGCCUUGGGACGCACCAACUCCCAAUCGAGCACGGAGCGUCGAGGGGUGGACACUGUCCAAAGAGAUCCAGUAAAAAUCGGAGUGUAUGAGAUCUCUGGCAACAGGCCAAUGCUGUGUGCCACAAGGCGCGUGAUCUACUCUAAGACGCAAGACGCCUGCCAAGUUCUGAGCUCCUCUUUUGGAGUUCGCUACGAUGCAUGCCUCGGUGGCGGAACUAGUGAAUGCUCGGACACAGCCGCGCAUUCUAUAUUCGCCAUCAAUCUGGGCCGAGCCGUGACAACCAUGGCACUGCCCGUUACUAGGUUUUUGAGGAACGUGCGGCUUGCCAGCGUCGCCGAGUGCAAGGAGGUGCAGCGCCUUCGGGGGCUCGAGGGCGUCGCCCUGGAGGCCCCGGUGCUUUUGGAGAAGCAGCGCGAUUGGUAUGCGCGGUUCUGGAAUCUGGAGUUCUUCAAGAGGGACUGUGGACACGACUACUGGUUCUGCCGGCCACAAUUCCCAGCAUUCGAAUGCGAUGAAGCAGCCAUUGACCAGAUGACGCUUCACACCAACAUCGCGGAUUUUGUCGAGUUCACCCGGACGGUCCAGCGCAUGGACCGGAAAUGCGAUCAGGAGAAGAGCAUUGCCUUCCCGCGGCUGAUUCUGGAUGGCUACGCGCCUUUCUUCGGCGUUCUGAGGAAGUUCUUCGACGAGUGCUGGACGAAGCUCGGGCCCGAUGGCCUGUCAGAUCUCACCCCGAGGCUGGCGCACGCCUUCGCACAUGCCUUCGAUUUGCAGGACCCUAUGGAGACACUGUCAAGGUUCUACAAGGUGACACUGGCUGCCACGGGUUCCAUCACACGGCUCCAUGUAGAGAACGCUGGUGCUCAUCUCUGGUUCAACCAGAUCGAAGGAAGACGAGUGUUCUUCUUGUUUCCUCCAUCCGAGUCCCGAAAGCUCUACGAAGAGACGGGAGGGCCCAUGCAGGAGACGAGUGGCUUUGCAACGCGCAUCAGCGGGGUCGACUUGUUCGCGCCCAGUGCCAAGCGCCACCCGCUCUUUGCCGAGGCGAGCUGUCAGGUCGCUGUGCUAUACCUCGGCCAAACUCUUGUAAUCCCCUCGGGAUGGUGGUGGUACUCUGUUACCCUGGACCCAUCCGUCACGCUUUGGCAUCAGUUCUGGACCGACGAGAACAAGAGCCAGUUCCCUGAAGUUGCUUGGGAGUACUUCAACUACCAGCUUCCUGGCUCUCGAAAAUUAACAGCGCACCAGAUGCCCAAACGAGACUCUAAUGGGAGAGGGUCCCCCAAACUCAAAGUCCUAUGUCCGAGACGUGGAGGAUCAGGGGUUUGA